UUGUUGUGCAAAUAGUAAAAAUUUUAUUUCUUUGCUUAUUUUAGUAUUUUUUACUGUGCUACUAAAAAGUUGCUGUAUCCAAAAAUUUCGAACUAUAUAUGUAGUUCCCCCGUCUUGGUGUCACCCACUUAUUUACCAAAAAGUUGCGAGUGAACUUCGAAUUAUUAGUACGGUUUGAGCUAUUAACUGAAGCAUCGUUAAUAGUUCUCAUUCAGAGUCUAUAAACGAGUACAAUGAAUACCAACGUAGUAAAAAAAGGAUAUAUUUCAGUGAAGGAAGAUGGUUUAAGGGCUUGGAUAUGGUCAAAACGUUGGACGUUGCUUAGAGACCAGACCCUUACUUUUCAUCGUAACGAGAAUACAUAUCAAGCCGUUGCACUAAUCUUCCUUAAAGAGAUUACGAAUGUUUCGCGGACAGAUUUAAAACCUUAUUGUUUUGAAAUACAGACUAAAGAAAAAACUUAUUACCUUUCUUGUAAAAAUGACGAGGAACUAUAUAGUUGGAUGGACGAAAUUUAUACACGAUCGCCCUUAAGUGGAGUAUCAAAUCCUACAAAUUUUGUGCAUAAUGUACAUGUCGGUUUCGAUCCAGUUAGUGGAAUGUUCACAGGAAUGCCUGAACAAUGGACAAAACUUUUGACAGCUUCUGCUAUCACAAAAGAGGAUUAUGAAAAAGAUCCUCAAGCUGUUUAUGAAGUAUUAGAGUUUUAUACAGAAAAUCAGAAAAGAGAUGAUUUUGAAGAUGGUAUGAUGGGCACUAUUCCUGGAUUUCCUGGACAGCAAGAUGAUAAUAAUAAAUGGGCUGAUUUAUUACCAAAAAAUAAUAUGCCCGUGAAGAAUCAAUUAUAUCCUAGUCCGAAUAAUAAUGGAUAUGACAUGAAUAAAAUUUCACCAGGUGGAAUUACUGGAAUGGGUAACAAUAGUAUGAAUGGAAGACCAUUGGAUCCAAGAGUAUUACAACCAAAUAAUAUGGGUAAUAAUACAAUGGUUGGGAAUGGUAAUGGUGUUGCAGAUUCUUCUCGGAAAAUGUAUUACGAAGAUACUCGGCCUGAUAAUUCACCAAAUCGCCCUCCAAUUACCCCAAGACCACAAAAUACGCUAAGUGCAAACAAUAUGCAGCGUUUACCGUCAAAUCCUGGAAAUGUUGCCCCAAUUGUCCCAUCCCCAUAUAAUCAAGCUACUUCUCAGCCUAUGAUGUCACCAACAUCUCAACGUGUACCCGCAUCUUCACAAACUUAUCAACAUCCACCACCACCAGCACCGCCUGUGGUUAAUCAACAACAAAUGCCCAAAGGGUAUCCUCCUCAACGACAAAAUUCAUCUAGUCCCAAUCUACCUAAACAACAAUAUCCCCAACGACAAGAGUCUAAUCAACCACCAAAGCCAGCUCAAACUGCUCCUCCUCCAAAACAACCAAGUCCACAACAAGCACCAAAGAAAUCUGCAACUGAGAGAAGGAUUAGCACAAUGACAGAAGCACAAAUUAUGGAGAAAUUGAGAUCAGUAGUAUCAUCAGGAGAUCCGACAAGUAUUUAUAGUAAAAUUAAGAAAGUUGGUCAAGGUGCUUCAGGAUCUGUAUAUGUUGCUAAAUCUCUAACAACAAGCGCUAAAGUUGCUAUAAAGCAAAUGGAUCUUUCACAUCAACCUCGAAAAGAGCUUAUUGUUAAUGAAAUUCUUGUAAUGAAAGAAUCUCAACAUCCAAAUAUUGUUAAUUACCUCGAUUCAUUCUUGGUAAAAAGUAAUGAACUUUGGGUUGUUAUGGAAUAUAUGGAAGGUGGUGCAUUAACGGACGUAAUUGAUAAUAAUACGCUUGAGGAAGAUCAAAUUUCUGCUAUAUGCUUUGAGACAUGCAAGGGACUUCAACAUCUUCAUGGGCAAAAUAUUAUUCACCGUGAUAUUAAAAGUGAUAAUGUUCUACUGGAUGCAUAUGGUCAUGUGAAAAUUACCGAUUUUGGUUUUUGUGCUAAAUUAACCGAUCAAAAAAAUAAACGUGCAACAAUGGUCGGAACUCCUUAUUGGAUGGCACCUGAAGUAGUGAAACAAAAAGAAUAUGGUGCCAAAGUUGAUAUUUGGUCACUUGGAAUUAUGGCAAUUGAAAUGAUAGAAAAUGAACCACCAUAUUUAGAUGAAGAACCGCUUAAAGCAUUAUAUCUAAUCGCCACGAAUGGUACCCCAACAUUGAAAAAGCCAGAAAAAUUAUCUCGAGAACUUAAAAGCUUUUUAGCUGUGUGCUUGUGCGUAGAUGUUAAAAGUAGAGCAACCGCUUUGGAACUUUUAGAACACGAAUUUUUGAAGAAAGCUUGUCCGCUAUCAGAUCUUGCUCCUUUGCUUAAAUUUAAGACCAAGCCAUAAUUACUAUUAAGUGGAGAUUUUAUAAUUACAAAGAUUUUGACAUUGUAUUAGCUUUCUUCUCGUUCAAUACGAUAGAAUAGAAUUACCAAAAUAUUCACUCAUAUUAUAAAAAAAAAAAAGUUGGAGUUAACAUUAACAAUAGUAAGAAGUUAUUUUGCAUUAAUUUUUUCUGUAAUGGAGGUAGAAAAAUUAUUUUUUUUCUUUUGUAAUGGGCAGAGUAAUUUUUUCUCUCUUAGGUUAUUUAAUUUCAAUUUUAAUUUUAUUCUUCUAUUU